AAGGUCUAUAUUAUCAUAUAUGGCUUGGCCAUAUUGUAAUGACUCUUUUUUCUGCUCACGGCAUUUGUUACAUUAUCUAUUGGGCUUCCACUCAUCAAUUGUCUGAGAUGCUGAAAUGGGGAAAAACUGAUAUAUCAAAUUUGGCUGGUGAAUUGGCAUUGCUUUCUGGAUUGGUGUUGUGGAUAGCAACAUUUCCUAAAAUUAGGAGAAAGAUGUUUGAACUCUUCUUCUACACUCAUCAUUUCUACAUUCUCUUUGUCGUCUUCUUCGUCUUCCAUGUUGGUGUUUCUUACGCUUGCAUCAUGCUUCCUGGUUUCUUCCUCUUCAUGGUUGAUCGAUUCUUGAGAUUCUUACAGUCACGAUCAAAUGUUCGUUUAGUCUCUGCUCGUGUUCUGCCAUGUGAAACUCUUGAACUCAAUUUCUCCAAGACUAAAGGUAAAUUGAUGAAAAUUUCAUAAAUAUUCAAUUUUGUGACAAACAAGUUACUCGUCAUAUCA